CGACGACUGCACGCGCACAGGCGGACAGGCCACAGACACACACUCCCACACGGACAGGAGAGAGAGAGAGAGAGAGAGAAAGUAGCAGCGGCGGCGGUGGCGACGCUGCGCGAGAGGAGUCUCAGUCACGAAUUGUCUCUCGAUAGCGUCGCGCGCAGCAGGAGCCGCAACAACACUCGACACCCGUACAUUCCUGUUACAGCGUACACACAUCCCGCUGCACGGAGAGAAAGAGAGAGGAGCAGCAGUUUACCGAUCAAUCCAGUGCGCCGUGGCAGCUCCUUCCACACCCACGCGGCUCUGCGUGCAGCCGCCGCGAGGUUAAACCUUGAGGGCAACAGCGCAGCGUCGUAGUCGCAGCAUCAGCACUCGCAGAGCGGAUCCUCGUCGACGCAUUCCUCGCGCUCAGCAACUUCGCCUGCCUGCCUUGUAUACCUGAGUAUCAGUGCGCGAGCAGUGCCGCGGCACUCGCCGAGUGUGCCGCUGCAGUCAUCCUCUCGCCGACGUCAUGCGCUCGCUGAGCCUCGUCUCCUGGCUGGGGCUUCUCAGCCUGCUGCUGCUGCAGCACUCGCUGGCCCCGGUCGCCGCCAAGAGCAGCGCCGCCAAGCGCAAGUUCGACGGCGACUUCGAGUUCGCCGAAGAGGACGACUCGAGAGCUGCGAAAACCGGCGAUAAGAAGAGAUGGAUACACGAUCCAAACAAUGAACUCUGUCGUCCGUUGAACUGUAAGAAAUCAGAAAUCUGUCUUCUCGAGGAUGCCUUCACAGCGGUCUGCGUUUCCAAGAAAGAGCUGCACAAAUCCAGGGCCGUCGUGGUCUCGAAGUCACGAGCGGCGGCGCAGCGCAAGAUGCAGCAGCAGCAGCGAACGGAUAGCUCGGCAGACGCAGAGGAUGACGAUGCAUUCUUCGACUCCGAGGACGACGAUGAAGACCAAGACGAAUCGAAGUGCCAGGAGUGUCCCGUCUUAAAGCCGAUAUUCCUCUGCGGCAGCGACAACCGCACCUACAGCUCGCCGUGUCGCCUGGAAUAUCACAACUGCAUUCAUCACACCUCCGUUCGUGUAAACUGCACGGGUUUCUGUCCCUGCAAGCAUUCGGACAACCAUCACCAGAAGAAACUGCAGCUGCAACGGCAAAAGUCCCUGCUCGGCAAGAGCAAGAACAAUCGUGACAUAACUCUCACUCCGCGGGAUUUCAAUUAUGACAAUCAUCAUUACCAGUAUCUCAAGUACUCCAAGCGGGCCAAGGGUCAGAACGGGCUCAAGUACGAGGAGAAGCAGCACCUUAUGAGUAACGAGGUGAUGGAGAAGACAAUCCCACCGCUGAAGUCGACGUACGCGUCGUCGCAGUCGCGAGGCAGCCUCGACUGUCCGAAUUCGUCGAAACCAGCAAUGGCCAAUCGACUCCUCGACUGGUUUUCCGUUGUCAUGGCCGACUCGAAGCAUCGACGCCAACACCCCAAACCCAGAGCAGGUCACUUCCCGAUUGGCUGUCAGAGCGAGGUGAGAUGGAUGUUCGGGCAUCUGGAUACUGAUAGCGACGGAAGGAUCUCCUUGUCGGAGCUCUACGGACUGGAACACGACCAGAACGAGCCAUGCCUGAAGCCGUUCCUCGAUGCCUGUGACGUUGACGGGGACAUCUUUGUGAGUGGACCUGAGUGGUGCGGUUGCUUCUCGAAGGCAGAACGACCGUGCGCGGCAGUGCGCAAAAGGUCCUCGCCCGAAGUCGCGCCCAACUGCGACUCCCGAGGCUACUACCAGAGCACGCAGUGCCACCGAGGUCUGGGUCUCUGCUGGUGCGUCGACCAGCAUGGCAUCGAGUUUGCCGGCACACGUGUCCGGGGCACCAAGCCCGACUGCGAUUCGAUCGUGAACAAGAUAAGCAACGGCGGCAUAAAAACGAACAGCGUCGACCUCGAGGACGACGAGGACUCAGCGCAGGACUUUGAGGGCUCAGCAGACCUCCCUCUGGACUUCUAAGCAACGUCAGCACCCCAGCAGCAGCAGAACAGUGGCAGCAGACUAUAUAGAAGCAACUACACACGAAAUAGGCGGCGGCGAGGACACAAGAUCCUCGCGGGGCGGCGGUGAUGCACUGGUACUAUAGCGCAACGCGUGCACAGACACAACCAACUCUCUCAUCCAUACCUAAAAUACCUAUAGAGACAGGCGCGCACCACCUUAUGACUGGAGGUACCCUAGAAAGCUGCAGUAGGCAAAUGUCUUUUUCUCUCUCGAUCGAUCGACGACGCGGUUCGCCACGCGCACAGCUCACUCGAGAAUCGACACGUGCAUGGGGAAGAGAGAGGGGGGGGAGGUGAGAGCUGCCGAGUCGACUUUCUUUUCCAAUGUUCUUUCCAAUGUCGUUUACGGGUAUUUCGCUCGGACUGCGCCAUAGGAGUGGGUACGGGCAGCCCAAGACUUACUUCGGGGAAUUCCUUCUCGGAGUGGAUUCGGGACACCCAUCGUGAAUUCGAUUGAAAUUUGUUCUUUUUGUUCUUCCUCUCCCCUCUCUCUCUCUCUUUCUUUCGACUAUUGUUUCCGUCGUCUUUGAUUGGGAAAAGAUUUUCAAGCGACCGAGCAGUCGAUUCCAAUUUAAACGCUAGCCAGUGCGUUUAGCCGUUUUUCAAUGUCUGGAUUUCUAGGGUUUCGCGCGUUGCGUCACGUCGGUUAUUUCAAAUAAAAAGGCCUCGAGAUUGUUCGUUCUUGGGCAAAAAAUUGGCUGUUUCUUUGACAAAAUAAUUGAGCGAUUCUGUUGUUGUUUUUUUGGUCGAAGUAAAAGUUGCCAAAUUGCCAUUUGUAACGAUAAAAUUAUAAAUUUUAGGAAAAGUGGCAAAGUGCGAUAAAAUACGGUGCGAUGUUUCUAGAACAACUUUAUUCCGUCGGUUACAAUAUAUUCCAUCAGCCAUUUUCUAGAAACAAAUAAAUUACGGUCUAAUUUAUGAAGACAAAGUAGUGUGUAAACUGCAUUGCCAAGGGUCGAACCUAAAUUAAAGUGAUAGCCAAGGAAAUAAUUGUGCGUGCAUUUGUGUACACGCACGCAAUAUCGUUGUCCGUUACUAUAUAGCCUAACGCCUUCCAUUAUUCACGAGUUCCCUUAAAGUGUAUUUGCGAUCGUGAACAUAUGCAGCUAUAUUUUAAAUCAUACUAUAGUUAAAAUGUCAAGCCAUAUAACUGAUUAUUUUAUUACAUAAAAAAGAUUAUAUAUAAUUGACUUCAGUAAUGUUUUAAGUAAUAUCUAGAUACUAGCGAUAUUUUUUUUAUAAUGUACACAUUUAAUCUUUAUAUUCCUUAAAACUACUUACCGUUCAUAGAGCGUAAGCGAAUCUACUAGUACAGAGCCACUUUUCAUUAUUUCGAAUGGUUUUUUUUCGAAUCGGUAUGAAGUAUGAAAUAUAGAUUAAUUAAGCGCUACGGUAGCGAUAAUAAAUUAACUUCCCAACUGCAUUUCAAUCAAACGAUCCAACAGUAUUAUUUUUCCAUUAAUUUUAGUUAGACUUGGUAACCACAAGCUUCUGUCGACCACUUUAGCUAGCUGAAUUUUUUUUUAAACAAUCUCUCAACGCAAAUAUUUCGCUAACUAUUGUUAUAAGAGUGGUCGGCAGUAGGUUAGAUAUCGUUUUUAAAGUGGUUUAAGUUACGAUUUGCCACUAUAACUUGUCAAAAUUAUUAUUUUUUACGUUAUUUAUAGUAAUAUUUGUUCUGUUAGUGAAUUAUAUUAAGUUAUUACGAAAUUUGAUUUCUUGUACAUUAUACUGAAAAUUGAUACAAAGAUUGUCAAUUAAACUUAUAAAAUAUCGUAUGCAGUCAAAUUUUAUAAACCAAUUAGGCUUCAUACAAAUUUGAGAUAUUUUGGUGCAAUAAUGAUUAUUAUGAGUAUUAUUUGAUAUGGUUAGUACUUAAUUUAAUUGUAUUAAUUGUUGUAACGUUAAUUUUUUAAAGUAAUUUAAAAGCAAUUUUUCUUGUUACAUCCAUUGGUUAUUAUACGUAAAAAGUUAAGAACGAAAAGUUACUGAUAAGUAGUGGCUCUCAAGAGAAGGGAAUAUAAAACUUGUUUUAAGUUUACACGAAUAAUGAAUUAAUGCCUAAUAGCAAUAUUCGUAUGUAAAGCUUCCGAGGUACAACAAGGUGCAUGAAAAACAAAAAACGAGAGUACACUCAACAGUACCUCCAUGCACAAUUCCGUCUAUAAAUAAGAUAGUUGCAAACUAUUGAAUGCAUAUACAAAACAUGAAAUCGUAGAGAACCGUAGGGUUGAGCGGAAGAGAGGGAAUGAUAUAAGGAAGUGAGAAGGAGACAAAACUCAUCGGCCAAUACUUGUGACACAUACGAGGAAGUGAAAAUUCACGUGAAAUAACGAUAAAAAUAUGAUAAACUUGCGUACAAGAACUACAUAAAAUGCUCUGUAUUAUUUCUAAUCAUUUAGAGGAUAGUGCCGAGGAGAAGAAGAAAAAAAACAAAAUAAUAAGCGCGUAUUAUAACUAUAUUAUAUAUAUUGUACGACUCAUUGAUCACGAUGCCGACCGAAAACUAAAGUCAAAGCUGGCCAAGAGAGAGGAAAGAUUCGUCUUUUUUACACAUUGAUAUACUUGCUCUAACAAGCGAUGACGCAAGUGCUUCGUCGUGAUCGCUGCUUUAGACCAGAGAGAUUGUUUUUUGCUCAUAUCGCAUUUUUCAUUGCUCUAUUCUCCCUCGACGUUUUUGAUUGUCACAAAACACUAGCUUUCCUUCUCGCAGCCAGUCUUAACUUUGACAUUUAGUGUAAGAUAUAAAUAUUAUGGCAUAACAAAGAAACGACCUAUUUCAUACUCGCUAAUCGCUGGCUGUAGUCGCGAUCACGACGAUUGAAAAUCCGCUUUCGUACACAUGGCACAUUGCACACGUCGGUGAGUCCACGGCGCCGGUCGAAAAUCACGUGCGCAGGCUUUUCUCACAAAAGCGAAGCCCGGAUCGCUGCGUCCCGCUCUAUAUUCUCUCGGAUAUCCUCCCUGCACACAUUAACCGCAAACACAAGCAGACAAAAAAAAACAGAGAAAAUAUAAGCGACGACAAAUGAUGAGACGCAUGAAGAAGCAUCCGCCGUCAAUUUUUUUAGUGAGAUCAAUUUUGCACAAGCGCUAGUGUACUUAAAUUGUAUCAAUCGAGCUUAACGAUUAUAAAAUAAAUGCGAAUGCUAUGCAAACGCGAGGGAAAAUAAUAACGAAUGAAAAUACAAAAAGGAGUGACAAGAAAAAAGGGGGAGAUUGGUACUAUACAUUGCGACGUCGUGGUUCGUCUGCACUCGUUGUAACGAUAAGCAUUUUUACUUACAACUUUUACGUAAAAUGAAGUACAUGAUAAAAUAAAAGAAAAAAAUCUUAACGAAAAAAAACGUAGCGAUUAUAUAGAGUAUAUAUGCACUAUGUAAUCCUUAGAGAAACAUCAGUGUGAUUAUGUGAAUAGUUACCCUCCAAGCUUAAAGACAAUUUAAAUAAAAAAAAAAUGCAACAAACAAUAGAAGAAAACUCGUGUAACCAGCCAAACACCAAUUAGCCCGAUAGUUGAUCCGGCAUUUGGAUUGCAGUGCGCGCAGUUUUGCGUGCCUUUGCUUGAAAUGGAACGCAGAGAUUUCAUACUUCAAACGGCAAUUGUAACAGUCAGUUAUUUUACGGUGCUGUAACAUACACAGCUAGUUUUAUAAACGGUUGCUAAUGUGCAUUAUGCACCCCUUUUCUGGAUUGCGUUUCGAAUUAUUUCCAAUUAUGAAUUAUGCGGUUUAAGGUAUAAUAAUCUUUGAUCGUAAAGAAAUAUAGACUUUUUGCGUUGCCUUUGCGUCAAUGCGAAAUUUCGUUUUUUUCUCUGCAAUUUCGUUACGAUUACAAACUGAUUUCUGGUGCAAUACAUAUUUAUACACCUUAUUACAGAGGCACAUUUCGCUAAAUUGUCCUAUUUCCUAUCUGAAAUCCCAUUUUAUACGGAGUUUGGAAAUAUUUAAGCCAAAAGACUGCUCCGUCAAAUGUACGAAUUUUGACAUACACGAUCGACAGCUUGCUUUUCAGUUUCAAAUUUACUAAGCAAUUUUUAAAAGGUCAAGUAGUAAGCCAUAAAAUUAAAGUAAGAUAAGUUAAUUUUCAAUACUAAAAACAUUCUGUUCUACUAGUUACGAUAAAUAAAAAAAUAUAACGAUUUUAUUAUGCGUUAGAUGUAACAUGCGUUUGUUAUGUCAAAUAAAAAACAAGUCCAACUUACUGUAAUGUUUUACGUAUUGUAUAUAAGCAUAUACAAUAUAAUCAUUAUCAAUUGUAAUCUCAAUAAUACAAUAAUUUACUUAUUGUAAUAUAAACAUCAAAUUAAAGCGCCAUGAAUUUAUAUUUAAUUUUUGAAGCUUCAGUAUGUAAUUUCAUUGAACUGGUAUUGUAUGUACAUGUGGCUGUAAAAGUUCUUUAUGAAUAAACAAAUAAAGAUUGUUGUAGAAAAGAAAA